AUGGACAACUUAACUUGUCUUCAAUCAUUGAAUAGAUUUGUUGUGGGGUCAAAAAAUAGUAGCAAGUUGAGGGAGAUGUCCCAACUCCGUGGGACUCUGGAUAUUGUAAAUUUGGAAAAUGUAGGCAAUAGUGGGAUAGAAACCAUGGUGGCCAAUUUAAAGAACAAGCUGAAUCUUCUUCGUCGACAACUGAAAUGGAGAAAUUAUGAAAGCCAUGAUAGUUUUCCUGAUUUAGGGAGAGAUGAAAAAGCAGAGGAGUAUGUACUUGAAAAACUACAGCCUCCUACCAAUCUUGAAGUGCUAUGGAUUCAAAACUAUGGUGGUACGAAUUUCCCAAGUUGGAUGGAGCAUCCUUCCUUCUCUAAUUUAAAGACCGUACAUCUCACUGGUUGUCGCAAUUGCAUGUUCUUGCCUCGUCUUAAUCAACUGCCCUUGCUCGAACACCUAGAGAUCAAAUUCUGCAGUGCUACUAAAAUGGUGGGAAGUGGGUUACAUGAGGAUGGCUCAUCAUCAACUAAUAAGAAAUUUCGAUCAUUGAAGACACUAUAUAUUGAAGGGAUGGAAGAGUGGGAGGAGUGGCUUGAAGUGGUUGAAGAAGAAAAAGAAGGUGGAGGACAAUUCCCUUGCCUCCGUAAGCUGAUUAUAAAAUAUUGUCCCAGGCUAAGGAUGUUCUCUCACCGCUUUCCUGGCUUGGUGCGAAUGGAAAUAGUAAGAUGUCACGACCUAAGAGAACUACCGCGGCUUCUUCCUUCAUUGCAAUGUCUCCGUCUCAGAGAAUGUCCAAAAUUAGCGGUGAUUUCGAGUCUACCCUCCGUUAAGAAGUUGACUUUGAAUAGUUGUGGCCAGAUAACAUCAUUGUCCAAUUCUAACCGUCAAUCAUCAUCAGCACCACGUGUACAUAUUUCCUUCCCUUGCCUCCAUGUGCUACAAAUCGUGUCUUAUCCCAUGGACUGGAUGUGCUGGACUAGGGAUGAAGUACAUUUGUCCUGGGCUAUUGAUGAUGAUGUGUCAGAUCUCGAAUCGCUACACAUUGGAGUUAUGCAACACUUGACAGCACUUGAAGAAUUAAAGAUCUAUGAUUGUAAAUUGCUUACAGUUCCUCUGCAGAACGAGAUUGGCGGGUUUGAUCUCCUUCCUUCAAGCCUUCAGCUUUUGUACAUCUGUUUUGAUUGUGACAACCUAGGGAAGCUGGCACAGAGCAUGUGUAAUCUCCAUCGUCUUAAAGAAUUAAGAAUUGAUGGGGCUAGAGGACUCACAUCAUCGGUUGAAGUCCUACACAACCUCACGUCUCUAACGUCGCUCCAAGAAUUUGUAAUCGAAAGUUGCCAUGCUCUUGUGUCCUUCCAGGAAACAGGAUUACCCACUUCGUUUCAAGAAUUGAAGAUCAUCGAUUGUGAGAAUCUGAAGUCACUACCCAAGGAGCUACACACUUUAACGUCGCUCCAAGAAUUUGUAAUCGAAAAUUGCCCUGCUCUUGUGUCCUUCCAAGAAACAAGGUUACCCACUUCGCUUCGAAAAUUGGAGAUCAUUGAUUGCAAGAAUCUGGAGUCACUACCCAAGGAGCUACACACUCUAACGUCACUCCAAGAAUUUGUAAUCAAAAGUUGUCCUGCUCUUGUGUCCUUCCAGGAAAUAGCCUUACCCACUUUGCUUCGAAAAUUGGAGAUCAUUGAUUGCAAGAAUCUGGAGUCACUACCCAAGGAGCUACACACUCUAACGCCACUCCAAGAAUUUGUAAUCAAAAGUUGCCCUGCUCUUGUGUCCUUCCAGGAAAUAGCCUUACCCACUUCGCUUCGAGGAUUGGAGAUCAUCGAUUGCAAGAAUCUGGAGUCCCUGCCAGGGGGACUUUACAAACUUACAUCCCUCAGAACAUUGAGAACGGAAGAAUGCCCUGCUCUUGAGUCCUUUCCAGAUAUGGGGUUACCCAUCGCACUUCAAAAUUUAUCGAUUCAAAAAUGUGGGAAGCUGAAUUCCUUGCCCAAGGCGCUGCACAAGCUCACAAAUCUUGAACAACUGAAGAUUGUGGGAUGCUCUUUUCUUAUGGAGUGCAAGAGUCUGGAACCCCUACAGACCUCAGGUCUUCAUAAUCUCACCUCUCUUUCAGAUCUCACCGUCGGUGGAUGUCCAGCUCUCGUGUCCAUUCCAAAGGGUCUGCUUCCCACCAAUCUUUGGGAAUUUUGCAUCAAGGACUGCCCAAUUCUUGAAUCCUUAUAUGAUGGACUCUCUGACCUAACAUCUCUUAAAGGUUUGCACAUCCAGAAUUGUCCAAUGCUGAAACAACGGUACCAAAAGAAGGAAGGAGAAGAGUGGUCCAAGAUUAUUGCCCAAGUCCAUUACGUAGCAAUAGACUCUGUACCGCUGCAUUAA